AUGGCUCCAUCUUUGUUUGAUAUCAUCCUUCUGGCCUUGUCCUUCACCGGAUCCACUGCAGCUCUCGGAAUCAAUUGCCGUGGCUCAGCAAACUGCAACACCUUCGGCAAUAGCCAGAUCGCUGUCUCCCUUACCCAUGCCAUUGACGGAAUUGACCCCAACCGCUGGUACAACAAUGGGGAGCACAUUGCUUGUGUUGGGACUGGUGCCCCAAUCACCGGCAAUGGUGGUUUCUGUGCAUUCCUACAGAAUACCGGCGGUACCAACGGUGCCUGGAUCAAGAGCAUAGCCCACAACAUUCCAGAGCACGGUUGCAAAACCUGCGGAAGUGUGCCGUACUACUUCCCCGGUGACAACGAUGUGUCAAAGGGUGAACUUACGUACAACUAUGUUGACGAUUCAUGCUCGCAGGAUGGGGCUACCCUGUGCUAA